AUUAAAUACUUAAUUUAAUAAUAUUUUAAUAUUAAAUAUUUUUCAUUAAACUUGUCAUACGCACUUCACUAUUUAAACUUAGAAAAAGGAGUGAGUGAGAAAAAGGAGUGAGUGAGAAGUUAAAACAAACCGGUAAAAAAUUAAGGGAGAAGAAAAAACGUGGAAUGUUGUGGAGAGAGAGUGGUGUUUAUUUUCAGUAACCACUUUCAUCUUCCCUUAACAAUUUAGGAUUUUGUUGAAUGCAUUCCCAAAUCAUAAUAACCAACUACAAUGGGCGAGAAGAACAAGGAUGCUUCCAAUGAUAACAAGAAGAAGAAGGAGAAGGAAGAAACCACUCCCGCUACCACACUCAUCUUCAACAUCGACAUGCACUGCGACGGUUGCACUAACAAAAUAACUCGAUGCCUUCGCCGCUUUCAAGCAUUGAAAUUGAACGUUGUUGUUAACGGGGUGGAGAGUGUGAAGGAAGAAACCGGCAUUGACAAGUUCUUAGUUGACGCUUCCAAAUUGAGAGACAAACUCACCAACAAGAAUAAGAAGAACGUCGAUCUCAGCUCUUCUGCCACCAACUUCAACACCAACAAAGACAGCAACAAGAAACCCAAGGAAAAAGAGGCUCCAGUGACAACAGUGGUGUUGAAGGUGGCAUUACAUUGCCAAGGCUGCAUUGAGAGGAUUCAAAGCACCAUCUUCAAGAUCAAAGGUGUUAAUGACGUGGCUAUAGACAAGGAGAAGGAAACUGUGACUGUGAAGGGAACAAUGGACGCCAAAGCUCUGGUGGGGAGCUUGACCAACAGACUCAAGAGGAAGGUCGAAGUUGUCCCUCCUAGGAAGGACAAUAAGGAUGCUGACAAAGCUAAAGCUAAAGACAAAGACAAAGACAAAGGCAAAGAAAAAGAAGGAAUUGUAGCUGUUGGAAAGAACAAGAAAAAGAGUGGUGGUGAUGGUGAUGGGGAGGGAAAAUUGAAGCAGAACAAAAUGGAGUCCCCAACAUUGAUGCCAUAUAAUGGUGGUUAUGGCUAUGACUGCAACUAUGGGUCAUUUUACAUGGGACAAGUCCAUGCACCACAGAUCUUCAGUGAAGAAAAUCCAAAUGCUUGUUCUAUUAUGUGAUGAUUUGUCUUUGCUCAAGACUUACACAUUAGAAGAUGAAACAUAAAGGAUUAUUUGUUUUUUUUUUUUUUUCGUCUAGAAAUAGCUGUGUUAAAACAUAGAGAUAGGACUAUGUGCCUUGAUAUAUCAAAAGGGUAUACUAUGUGAUUAAGCUAGUAGUGUUCAGUGUUUAUAAAUUUGAGAGUUUGUUACUUCUAGUAUAUGCGCAUUGCAAAAUUAAUGAUGAUACCAAGUUUUUGUCCUAAUAUAUUGUGUAAGAGAACCUAAAUAAAUUACUUUUGCAAUAUAUAAUAAAGGGAUACUUUUA